GAAGGAUGAAGAGGAUGAGGAUGGACAGAGUCCGACUCGUCUGCUCCAUGCUUUGGAUCAUCACUCAGGUAUCCUCUCAGCCGUGUUCUGACCCGUGUCGGUGUCCUCCUGUGGUUCUGCGUUGUCCUCCUGGGGUUCUUCCGGUCCUGGACGGGUGCAGGUGUUGCCAGGUUUGCGCCCGACAGGAGGGCGAGUCAUGCUCCGCCCAUCUGCCCUGCGACGCCCACAGAGGCCUACAGUGUGACUACAGCGCCACCUACCCAGGAGGACCGGGACAGUGUGUCGGUCAGAACCAACUGGGCUGUGAACUGAACGGCCGGAGGCUGGAGGAGGGGCAGGUGUUCCAGCCAUCCUGCGCUCAGCUCUGCCACUGCCUGGGGGGCGGGGUCACCUGUGUCCCUCUGUGCACCGACGACCUGAAACCCCCCCCUGCCGAGAGGUGCCCCCACCCUCAGCUGCUGAGACCGCCCGGACGCUGCUGUAAGGAGUGGGUGUGUGACGGCCUGGACAACAGCAUCUCCACUGGUCAACCAGCAGAGCUGGCUCCUCAGGACCAGGGCCCCGGAUCCAGACCAGUCCCCGCCUGUGUGGAGUGGAGCACUGACUGGAGCCCCUGCUCCCACAGCUGUGGUCCAGGUGUGUCCACCCGGGUCUCCAACCGGAACCGGUUCUGUCGCCCUCAGACCCAGACCAGACUGUGUCAGGUCCGACCUUGUCAGAGUCUGAUGCUGCCGGGUCUGGGUUUGUGCGAGACCGGCUUCAGUUCCCUGGUCCCAGUUCAGCUGGAGCACCAGGGCUGUUGGAGCAUUCGACCAUACUGGCCCCGGUUCUGCGCCCCCUCCUGCCCAGAUGGACACUGCUGCAGCCCCGCCCUCACCAGGACUGUUGCCAUGGCGUUCCUCUGCCCUCAGAGGAGGCUGGUCCAGUACCAGGUCAUGGUCAUCGAGUCCUGCUCCUGCAGCGUCUCCAACUGCCGCCCGCUGUCCCGCAGCACUGUCCUGCCCUGGCUGUGACCAGGAUGAGGACGGACUGGACCCUGGUCCAGACCAGGCCCAUCUGCAGAAUGAGG